GAAAUAUAUUACCAGAUUUAUUAAAUACUAGUACAAAUAAAAAAGUAAAAAUAAAAAGAAGGAAUUUUAGUUAGUGUGUAUUAAAGUAAUUUCCUACUCUCCCACCUGGAAGAGACAGCAAUUUUCAUUGUCGCCGUCGCUCGUCGCCGGUCGCCGUGCGAAUCCACCGUGCCCCCACCGUCGCUGCCACUAUACCCAUAGCCUUCGGAGCUCCGUCGUGCCAAGGUUUCUAGCAUUUUGAGUUCAGGUUUGGGUUUUGCAGAGAGAGAUGGGAAGGAGGAUACUAAAUGAUGCAUUGAGAUCGAUGGUGAAUGCUGAGAGAAGAGGAAAAUCUACAGUGGAGUUGCAGCCCAUCUCCACAGUUAUGUCUUCAUUCCUCAAAAUCAUGAAAGAUCGAGGUUAUAUCAAGGAUUUCCAAGUUUAUGAUCCACACAGAGUGGGGAGGAUAACAGUUCAACUGCAAGGCAGGAUUAAUGAUUGCAAAGCACUCACUCACAGGCAGGACAUCAAGGCAAGGGAUAUUGAGCAAUACAAAAUACGCACACUGCCAACGCGUCAGUGGGGUUAUGUUGUGAUUACAACUCCAGAUGGAGUUUUAGAUCAUGAAGAGGCCCUUAGACGUAAUGUGGGUGGUCAGGUUCUUGGCUAUUUUCACUAGCACCUAUAUCAUCUCUAGCAAUGGCUUGGUGGAUGAACAUAAUUAGGUAGUCAUUUGCACAAUGAUGGCUUGCAAGGACUUCACCAACAAGAAUAAGCUGUUUUGUCCGCUCCAUGUCUAGAUUGUUCAAUGAUUGAGAAAAAUGUUAAAAAUUAAGCUUGGUUUUUGUUCUCACAGAGUUACUAUCUUUUGUAGUUGAACUGAUGGACAAACUUUUUUUUAUUUUUUAUUUUUCCCUCACAAUCAUGAUUAAUCCUUUCUCUAGUUGAAUGGAUGCCAUAGAUUGGAUUUUUGUCCAUUUGGAACUUGAAUACGGAUGAACAAUUUUGGGGAAAUAGUUUCUUUUUGCACUAUCAAAAGAACAACAUUUUAGA